GUUUUACGUCUUUUUCGUUUAAUGAAAAGCAAUCUUCUAAAAAACGGUAAAAUAAUAGCCAAAAAUCAGUUUAUACAUUUAUAUCACACGAGGAACACCAAGCUAUGUCAUUUGUUGAGGCUGAACAUGUAAUUUUAAAUAUUUUUAAGUUGAUUUAUUUUAGUUUGAUGAAGCCACAACAAAAACUUCCAGUUGGACAUUCACUCGCUGUUUUAAAGUUCACCAAACAACCAUCAAACUUGUCAAGAAAAUAGAGUUUAAAAGAAGUGUUUUUCCUUCGUGUUUUUUAAAGAUUUCCCCCACCCUCCUUCUCACGUCUUGAACUUUCUUGGCCAAUCACCUCUCUUCCCACAAACACUUUACCGCGGCUAUAAGAGCUCCCCAACUGCUUUCAACCUAACUCAAAGUUUCUCGGAAUCCUGGAUGAGCAGAUAUUUUCGCUUGGAACUGCAGUUCACUCUCAUGAGGGGAUAAACUUUAUUCGCACGCGCUUUCAGACCUGAGCGAGAUGCCCGAAGAAGCCGCGCGAGACUCCUCCAGCUCCCCGGUAUCUCCAGCGGACAGCCUCAGCAACAGCGACGGAGAGCACGACAGGCCACCGAAAAGGUGCGCGAGGAAAAGACGGUCGAGCAGGAAAAACGGGGAGGAUUCCGAUAGCUCGACCCUUGGGAAAAAGGGGAAGAAGUCCAGCAAUAGCAGCAGCAGUCCUCAGUCGUUUGAAGACCUGCAGACUCAGCGUGUGAUGGCGAACGUGCGCGAGCGACAGAGAACACAGUCGCUAAACGAUGCGUUUGCAUCGUUGCGCAAAAUCAUCCCCACCUUACCGUCCGAUAAACUGAGCAAAAUACAGACGCUCAAACUCGCCUCCAGGUACAUCGAUUUCCUCUGUCAGGUUUUACAGAGUGACGAGUUGGACUCCAAGAUGGCAAGCUGUAGUUAUGUUGCUCACGAGCGCUUGAGUUACGCGUUCUCGGUUUGGAGGAUGGAGGGCGCCUGGUCCAUGUCUGCAUCUCACUAGUGUGCAGGGAAACUUUUUGGAGUGCAAAUGGUGAAGUCCACGCACUGGCAAACACUCGUGGAGCAAGGCGUUUACACAGUUGUGGAUAUGCGCAUUUCUUCAGAUUCAUGGGGGAAAAAUGGCAAACGUUCAACAGAGGUCAUGGCUUUUAUCUCGAGAAGGCCACGGACAGAGGACUGUUGCACGUGCGCUGCAUAUGGACUUCUUCGCAAGUGUUAUUAUUGACGACGAAUGUUGGAAAGGUGUGCUUAUGCAUGAUUUUUUUAUAAUUUUAUAAAGACUCGGUCGUGCAUAGCUUUCUUUGAGAAAGUGAAAUUGCAUCACAAGGACUCAAAAAAUGGGAAAUUAAGCCUCUAGUUCGAAUCCUGUGUAAAAUAUAAAGUUUUAGUACAAGUCUAUUUAUUUAUUGAUGACACGACUAUUAAAAUGAAGGCAAAUGUAUUCUGUGUCGAAAUGCAUUCUUAUUUUUUGCUACUUUUGUACAUAAAUAUGUCUUUGUGUAAUAAAGAUGAAGAA